GAGCCCUAUAAAAUACUAUGCCCUCCCUAUCUCUCCAACCCAUCAUUCUUUAAUUUGUUCUUGUUUCAGAGCUCUAUAAAUACUAAGCCUCUCUAUAUAUCUCUCCAAGCAAUUACCUAAAAAUUUAUACAUCAUUCAUUAAUUUGUUCUUGUUUCAGAGCUCUAUAAGUACUAAGCCUCUCUAUAUAUCUCUCCAAGCAAUCCCCUAAAAUUUAUACAUCUUGUUCUUAUUUUUGUUCUUGUUUGAUCUUCAUUGUCUUUAUCUCUAUAUAUUUAAGUCAUGGCACUAGAGACACCCAUCUCUCCAAGGACGGAUCUAAUCCAUGUCAACUCCAUCAAUCUGCCAACAACAAGCAGUUCACAAGUUUCCGAUCACACCAACUCUCGACCACUGGAAUUGUUUAGGAUGUUGGAAAAUGAUGUGUCAAGUGGCCCUCCGGAGAAGAAACUAGCAUGGUUGAGGUCUCAAGUCAUCGGCAGUGAUGUGGAGUUCGACACUCCUUUCGGAAAACGUAGGCUUACCUAUGCCGACUACACUGCCUCUGGCCGAAGUCUUCACUACAUUGAGAACUACAUCAUCAACAAUGUUCUUCCAUCUUAUGGGAAUACUCAUACAAGUGACAGUUAUGUGGGGCAUCAAACCACAAAAAUGGUGCAUGAAGCAAGUAAGUACGUCAAGUCCUGCUUGGGGGGCAAAGAAGAAGAUGCACUCCUGUUUGUUGGCUCCGGCACAACCGCAGCCGUCAAACGGCUUCAAGAGGUUAUGGGAAUUGCUGUUGCAUCAACUAUGAAGGACAGGGUGUCUAUGAACCUGAGAGAUGAAGAAAGAUGGGUUGUUUUUGUUGGGCCAUAUGAACACCACUCAAACCUCCUCUCUUGGCGCCAAAGCUUAGCAGAAGUUGUAGAGAUUGGUCUAGAUAAAAAUGGCCUAAUCGACUUUAAAGCUCUAAGGCACCAACUCAAGUCAUAUCAGCUGACCAAUCGCCCUAUGUUGGGUUCUUUCUCAGCUUGUAGUAAUGUCACCGGAAUUUAUACUGACACGCGUUCCCUUGCUUCACUCCUUCAUCGAUAUGGUGCUUUCGCAUGUUUUGAUUUUGCUGCAAGUGGUCCUUAUGUGGAGAUUGACAUGAGAUCUGGGGAGGUAGAUGGAUUUGAUGCGAUAUUUCUUAGUCCACAUAAGUUUGUCGGGGGACCAGGUACUCCUGGAAUUCUUCUAAUGAGCAAGAUCCUCUAUCAAUUAGGUUCUUCACCACCAUCAACAUGUGGUGGAGGAACUGUCAGCUUUGUCAACGGUUUCAAUGAAAAGGACACUCUGUAUUACGAAGACGUGGAAGAGAGAGAGGAUGCCGGAACACCACCAAUUAUUCAGAAAUUUAGAACAGCAAUGGCUUUCUGGGUAAAAGAAUACAUUGGCUAUGAAGUGAUCAAAAUGCAAGAGCAUAAAUUCAUAGAAAGAGCACUUGACAGGCUUCUUUCCAAUCCAAACAUAUGGGUAUUAGGAAACACUAGUGUGAACCGACAAGCAAUCCUCUCAUUCCUUGUGUUCACCACAUCCAAUUCCUCCUUUGUUGACAUGAAAAAUGGAAGCUCUGUCGAUGGAAAUGAGACGAGAGACCAAGGAAUUUCCAUUUGGAGAGAAUCCGGGAACAUCAGAGACAAGCCCCUUCACGGCCCUUUCGUUGCAAAGCUCCUCAAUGACUUAUUUGGCAUCCAGGCUCGUGGUGGAUGCGCUUGUGCUGGACCCUACGGUCAUCACCUUCUCCAUGUUGAUGAGCAUCACUCACUUGCCUUCAAAUCUGCCAUUCAAAAGGGUUACAAUGGAAUGAAGCCCGGAUGGACAAGAAUCAACUUCGCUUACCACAUGACAGUAGAAGAAUUUGAGUUCAUUCUUGCUGCAUUGGAAUUCAUAGCCAUGUAUGGCCAGAGAUUCCUUGUGCUCUAUGACUUCAAUUGGAAAACUGGGAAUUGGACUUUCAAGAAGAAGGCAUUCAAAGAGAUUGAGACAAUCAAAGGAUGCAAAGAAGAAUUCAACAACUUGUUGAUCACUCGCGCUUUCGAAGCAGCCAGCUUUGAAGACAUCGAGGCAAUUGCUGACAAUAAUACCAUUGAUAUGGUCCAAAAGUAUGUCUCUUAUUUGGAGACUGCUAAAAAAAUUGCUCAUUCACUACCUAAGUUUCCUCCUUCUCGGAAGGUUCCAAAAGAGAUUGAUCUUAACCUAGUGCAAUUUAGAGUUUAGUCUUCAUCAUGUCUAUUUUUGUGUCUCUCUCGAACCUUUUGGUUUACAAAAAUUGUUGACCUUUACUUUUGAAUAGUAUAUUGUUAUAUAUAGGAAUUCUUUCAUUCUAAA